CUACAAUUAUGGCGCAAUAGUUCCGGUGAUAUUAAUGAUGAGCUAUAUAAAGGCUACUGGAAGGGGAAUUCAGAACACAAAAUUAAUGAACUAUUAGCAGCUUAUGAUUUCUUAAACACCAAUUUGAAUAAUUUCAAUGUGAGCAUAUGGUACAACUCUACUCAUAAGAAUGACGAUGACAACAGUGCUUUUGGCUUGACACGUGUUCCUCGCUCAGUGAAUUUGCGAUUGGAAGGGAAGUACUCGUACAUAUUUCUUGUGGUGGAGCUCAUCCAGGUGCCGUGGUGGCAUUGGUAUGUUGGACCUCAAAAUUACAAUGUCCAUCUGGCUGAGAAAGUAUCAAAUGCCUAUCUUAAAUUUUUGCUUGGUCCAGCUACAAGUAUGCUGUUUGAAUUUGUCAAAGAAAUGCCUAAGCCUGCAACCCAGCUUAAUCUUAGGUCCGAUUUUUCUUCUGCCCUUGGACCACUGUUCUUCACAUGGGUCAUUCUGCAAUUAUUCCCUGUCAUAUUAACUUCUCUGGUUUAUGAGAAGGAACAAAAGCUAAGAAUCAUGAUGAAAAUGCAUGGUCUUGGUGAUGGCCCCUAUUGGACAAUUUCAUAUGCUUAUUUUCUUGUCAUAUCUUCAGCCUACAUGUUAUGUUUCGUGAUAUUUGGCUCAGUAAUAGGUUUAAAAUUUUUCACACUUAAUGACUACAGCAUACAAUUAGUGUUUUAUUUCCUCUACAUAAACUUGCAAAUCUCAUUGGCUUUUCUACUAGCUUCAAUUUUCUCAAAUGUAAAGACUGCUGCAGGGUAUAUUAUGGUCUUUGGAUCUGGACUCCUGGGAGAUUUCUUUUCGAUUUUUUUGUUCAGGAUACAUCAUUUCCUAGAUACAUCAUUUCCAAGAAGGUGGAUUAUUGUUAUGGAGUUAUAUCCUGGCUUUUCUUUGUAUCGUGGCUUAUACGAGUUUGGACAAUAUGCCGUCACGGAAGACUCUAAGGGGACAGAUGGGAUGCGAUGGAGUAACUUAAGUGAUGGCAGUAAUGGGAUGAAAGAAGUUCUUAUUAUUAUGUUUGUGGAGUGGUUGGUGGUUCUUUUCAUUGCGUAUUACAUGGAUCAAGUCGUAGCAUCAGGAAGUGGUGUUGGAAGAAGUCCUUUGUUUUUCCUGAAAAAGCUUCGGAAGAAGCCUUUGUCAUCUGCAUCUAUCAGGAAACCUAUUUUCGAAAGGCAGGGAUCUAAUGUUCUUGUUCAAAUGGACAAACCAGAUGUUUCUCAAGAGAGAGACAAGGUUGAACAUCUGUUACUUGAACCAACAAGUAGUCACGCCAUUGUCUGCGAUAACCUUAAAAAGGUGUACCCAAGAAGAGAUGGAAACCCUGAGAAAUUUGCUGUAAGAGGGAUGUCGCUUGCUUUGCCGAGAGGGGAGUGCUUUGGCAUGCUCGGCCCCAAUGGUGCAGGAAAAACCUCUUUUAUCAAUAUGAUGAUUGGACUUGUAAAACCAAGCUCUGGCACAGCAUAUGUUGAAGGCUUAGAUAUAAGGUCACAGAUGGAUGAAGUAUAUACCAGCAUGGGUGUAUGUCCACAACAUGACCUACUUUGGGAAACCCUAACAGGAAGGGAGCACUUACUUUUCUAUGGAAGACUUAAAAACCUUCGAGGGUCUGCGUUAACCCGGGCAGUGGAAGAGUCCCUCAAGAGUGUUAACUUAUUUCAAGGAGGGGUUCCUGACAAACAGGCUGGAAAAUAUAGUGGAGGAAUGAAAAGGAGGCUUAGUGUUGCCAUCUCACUUAUUGGGGAUCCAAUAGUUGUCUACAUGGAUGAGCCAAGUACUGGACUCGAUCCAGCUUCAAGAAAUAGUUUGUGGGAAUGCUGUGAAACAUGCAAAGCAAAAUCGGGCAAUCAUUCUCACUACUUGCAGUGCAUCGGAAAUCCCAAAGAGCUGAAGGCUAGAUAUGGGGGUUCUUAUGUGUUCACAAUGACGGUGUCUUCAAAUCAUGAUCAGGAAAUAGAGAACUUGGUGCAUAGAUUGUCUCCAAAUGCUAACAAAAUCUACCAUUUAUCUGGAACUCAAAAGUUUGAGCUGCCAAAGCAUGAAGUCAGGAUUGCCGAUGUUUUCCAAGCAGUUGAACACGCGAAGAGCAAAUUCCCAGUUCAGGCAUGGGGCUUAGCUGAUACUACAUUAGAGGAUGUCUUCAUUAAGGUUGCUCACGGGGCUCAAGCAUUUCAAGUGCUUUCA